UUAAUUGCAUUUAUGGCGGAAGGAUCUGUGUGGUAAUGAGGUUUGAACGCAGGGUAUCAUGGGUAAUGUCAGCCAGGUAUGGUGGAAUGGAGCCAAACUUACUUUUUCUUACUCUCUUUUACACAUUGUUUCUUCCACAUCGUUAUUUUUGGACAUUUUUGAAUGAUUAAGUUCACAGGUAAUCGAUACACAAAACGAAGAGGAGCGUCUGGAGUUGUUCUAUUGUUGUUGUCGCAGCAAGCGGGAGCAGCAGUAAGUGGAGGAGCGUCAACCGAAGGCUUCAUUAGGAAAGGUGACAUGGAACGUUAUGAGUUUCUAGGUCUGGUCGGUAAGGGCAGUUAUGGCACGGUGCUCAAGUGCCGCCAUCGCAUCUCAGGCCGCCUGGUUGCCAUCAAAAAGUUCCUGGACUCUGAUGAGGACAUUGCAGUGAGGAAGAUCGCUCAGAGGGAGAUCCAGCUGCUCAGGAAACUACACCACGACAACCUGGUAAACCUUCUCGACGUCUGGCAGCGUCGCCGCCACUGGUAUCUGGUCUUUGAGUUUGUUGAACGAACUCUCCUGGAUUAUUUGGAGCAAAAUAUCCUCGGACUGGACCUGAGCACCUGCCGGCAGUGCUUCUUUCAGGUCCUCAGGGGAGUUGCCUUCUGCCACCAGCAGAAUGUGAGACAAUGAAAAGAAUGAGUCCCAUGCGGUAACAUCUGAUAAAGUUCUACUUCAAUUCCUCCGCAGGUCAUCCACCGUGACAUCAAACCUGAAAAUGUCCUUAUCUCUAAGGGAGGUGUUGUCAAAUUGUGCGAUUUUGGCCUGGCGCGCACCGUGGCCUCCCCUACCAGGGGCAGAGCAUACACUGACUAUGUGGCCACGCGUUGGUACCGAGCCCCUGAACUGCUGGUGGGGGACACCAAGUACAGCAAACCAGUAGAUGUGUGGGCUGCGGGCUGCUUGCUCGUCGAGAUGCUGACAGGCCAGCCUCUCUUUCCUGGAGAUUCAGACCUGGACCAAAUAUACCACAUUGUAAGGUUAUUCGGUGACCUGACAGCUCAUCAUCAGGAGUUAUUCCACAAGAACCCCACAUUUUCUGGCAUUAGCCUGCCAGAACAUUUCAGCAGAAUUCCUCUAGAGCAGCACUUUCCUUUGGUGUCAUCAAAAGCUUUGAAUCUGGCUCAGGAAUGUCUCCAGAUGGAUCCGGAGAAACGAGCUCGGUGUUCAGAGCUGCUGGGACAUUCGGUGUUCACCCACGACGACUUCCAUGUCAGGUUUUUGGAUGAGCUGAGAGCCAGAAUCCAUAAACAGCACAGAGAGAACUCGAUCCUCCCAAAGAUAAGCAAAGCCUCAAAACAAGAAAGAGGCCAAGUUGAUGACCAAAGUCGAAGAGGAAAAGAUUCUAAAAAGACUAUUAAAGAUGUGCAGGACAAGAAAAAAAUCAGGAAGGAAGACGAGAAGGUGGUGAGAACAAAAGGCAAGCAACAUUUAAAGCAGUAUGGAACUUUUCAGAACACAUUGGAACCCAAUGCUACCAAAGCCCCCAAAAUAUUAGGAUCAAGGAGUAUGGAUAAUGGAGUUAAGAUGGCUGCCACCAUGAAAAAUAGAGCAAGACACAAUUCAGUUCUUAAAUCAAAAGACCACAUCAGGGCUUCUGGUGUGACAAAGACCUUCGACUUGUCCUCUAACCAAACAAAGACCACCUCAAACGUUGUUCCAACGUCCAAUCAGCACACAGCUUCCUCAAAUGGUAUUUCAAAGACUCUCACUGUGAGCUCUAAAGUUCCGAAGGACGAUCCCGAACUGGCCAAACCUUCUUCAGCUAAACCCUCACAAGAUGUCUGCGGACUUUUAAGGUGCCUUUCACCUACUACAGAAUUUAUGGAAGAAUAUUCAAUAGACAAGACAGUCAGGCAGCAAAACCUGCUGACCAAAGCUGCUCAAAGUCACCUUCAGGCACCUCAAACACCUAUAAUCCCACAACCCGUAAACAUCUUAUUAAAUGAAGACCCUAAAGCCAUGUUAAUGGAAACUGAGAAGACAAUAGCAGGCUCAGAAAAAGAGAACAGCUCCAGGUUUUGGGCGGGACAAGCCAGAAAGACAAAAAGGAGCUUUCCAGAAAUAAGGAACUACUCAAAAGCAAAUCCAUGCACAAUCUUGGAUGCGCUUUCAGUCACUGUGACACCAGAUCCCAGGUCUUCCACUCAAAGCUCUGCCCUUUACUCCAACAUUGAUAAUGCACAGCUUCAUUCUCUUCAAGUGGAUGCCACCCCUUCCCUGGGUCCACCCCCUUCAUUAUUAAUGCCCACCCUUCUCAUCCCUUCUUUGACAUGCUGUGCUGACAGCGGUUGUCUGGACAGAAGAUCCCAACCUGAAGCACACAAUCUCUGGUGGAGGCAUCACAGUGGCUUUUACCGUCAGCCGCUUCAGCGACCUCAGGGAACACUUGCAGCACAGGUGGCGGCGAGAAGCGCAGCCUUAUUCCCAUUAACACACUGUUCCAAAAAGAACAGCCGUGGAAACUGUGUGGUGUCCAAAAGAAAGUCAGCUGUUAAUUUCCCUGAUGUAAGGAGCUCAGCACCGCUGGAGGUCAGAGAGAGAGAAGACAAUGGCCGAGCCGGCUUGACGGCAGCAGACAGCAUACGAUUGGCGUGGGGCACCACAAAGGCCACUGCGAGUGGGGACUCUGAGGAAGAACACGAUGAGGAGAAUGUGGCUCAUGACUGCAGGGGGACUGUGAAGGAGGUGAAGGAAUGAAAUGAUAGGAAGGAGAUAGAUCUUACAAAGUUUAUUUUUUCCAAGUACUUGUACAAAACAUUUG